CCUAGUUGAAGACGGACCAGAGGAGAUUGUCAGAUUGCUCAACAGACUUAGCAACGUCCCUACGGCCUUCCUUCCUUCUGUCGUCCUCAGUUCCUCAUUUAUUGCAGAUGCGAAGAGGCAAGGCGAAGAACAAAUAUGCACUUUUCUAUACCUGAUACCCAGGAGUGCAAAGAAGACAACGGAAGCACCUAUGUAGCCUACAACAUCCACAUCAAUGGAGUAUUCCAUUGUACAAUGCGGUACAGGCAGCUCCAUAGCCUGCAUGAACAGCUCAAGAAGGACUUAGGGGGUUCCACCCUGCCCCCUUUUCCCCCAAAGAAACUCCUGCCCUUAUCUCCCACACAGACUGAAGAGCGCCGGGCCACCCUGGAAAAGUAUAUCCUGCAAUUAAGCCAGGACCCCAGAGUGCUCAAUAAUGACGUCUUCAAUGGAUUCCUUGUGUUUGCUCAAAAUGAAACCCAGCGGGCUGGAGGAGGGCAGGAUGAGGUGCCCAUUGAUAUUUAUCUCACAAGUGGCCAGAAGGUGACACUCACCAUCCCUGCCACACUGCAGACAGAUGACCUGCUGGAGAAAGUGUGCAAUCAGAUACAUCUGCCAAAUGAAAUGGUGUACUACUUUGCUCUUUUUCUUGUUAAGAAAGAAGAAAAUGACCUAAUUGUUGUAAAGCGGCUGCAAGACUUUGAGAGCCCCUAUAUUUCUCAGAGAUGCAUGAAAGGCCUGCAUAGAAUAAUGCUGAGGAAAAAUUACUGGGACCCAAGUAUUGAUCAGGAGGUGAUGGGUGACCGUGUGGGGCUGAACUUGCUGUAUAUGCAAACUGUUCAAGAUGUGGAGAGAGGAUGGAUUCUCACCAAUCAUGAGAUUCAAAGACAACUUGCUGCUCUCCAAGCUAAAGGAGCAAAGAAAGAGUACAUGGAGCUGGCAAGAACACUGAAAUACUAUGGGUACCUGCAGUUUCAGUCUUGUAUCUGUGACUUCCCUAAGCCUGGUACCUCAGUCCUCAUUAGUGCUGGAAAUAAGGAGCUUAAUUUCAGAAUAGAGUGUGAGGAUGAAUCAGUCAAAGAAGGCAACUUCAAGGUGACUCGAAUUAGGUGCUGGAGAAUUACGGUGCAACAACCAUGCAGUGAGGGAAGUCCCAGCAGCACCAGCAGGGAUGGAUGUGCCAGCCUUGAGGCAAGCCAGCAGGUCAACUUGGAGUUGUCAUUUGAAUAUCUGAUGAGUCGAGAGGAAAUGCGUUGGGUGCGAGUGAGCAGUCCCCAGGCAGUGCUGAUGUCCCUGUGUCUGCAGGGAAUGGUCAAUGAGCUGCUCUCACACAAGAGGGGACGGAAAGUGAGGACGCCCAAUGAGCGUGUGCGGAAGGGAAGCCUGUCCUAUGUGAGGCGAGAUGGAAGUAGCACUCAUGUCACCCUCAAUCACACAGGGGAGAACCUGCCUCAGGAGGGCAGCAGUCACGGCAGUAGCAGCAGCCAGUCUCCCAUCGGUGAGUUAUCACUGCGGCGCCUCAGUGAGCGCCUCAGUGACCCCCUAGACAACCGUCCGUCCUCGCCAGCCAGACCGAAUGGUCAGGCCGAGCACACCACAGUGGAGAAUGAUGCUUUCAACAUCAUGGGUGAUGACAAUUUGUAAUACAGUGUUUGUGUAAAAAGUUGAUGAUGGUAUUUUUGGUAAAAGAGAGUAGUUUACAGAAUACAGUGGGAAUAGUCAGAUUUGAUUUAUUUUUAAUUUUUAAUGGGAACACACUCUCACUGGCAUUGGGAAAAUUGCAAAGGGAAGUUAUAUUACCAAUGCAUUGAACUUACUUGGAAUUUGUAUUUCGGAAAUUAAAAAUUAUAUUUUUUAUGUUGCAAAGUAUCAUACUGAGAAAAAAUUUAGCGUAUAGAUUUAAUCUACUAAAUGUCAACAAAAUUUACAAAAUUCUGAUUUUCAUCCAGUUAUGCAAUACUUUUUAAUUAUCACUUGUGCAUAUCAUGGUUUCCAGUACAACACUGGAAACCUUUCAUAACAGCAGAGUACAUGGGAUCCUUUAUUUUAAAGUUGUCUAACCAUGCAA